CACUAAACACAAGUGACAAUCAACACAACAAAACUUAUUAGGUAAACAAACUUUAUCUUAUAAGAUACAAUUUCAGAAUUAUCUUAAUUAUGUAUUCAGGUGUCAUUGAAGGAAACACAAGAUGGUGUGUAAUAGAAGAAGAUGGAUGGAGAAAAGGACCUUGGACUUCUGAGGAAGACAAAUUGCUCAUUGAGUAUGUCAAACUGCAUGGUGAAGGAAGAUGGAACUCUGUUGCUAGCCUUGCAGGACUAAGAAGAAAUGGGAAAAGUUGUAGAUUGAGAUGGGUGAAUUAUCUGAGACCAGACCUCAAGAAGGGUCAGAUAACACCACAAGAAGAAAGCAUAAUCCUAGAGCUUCAUGCUAGGUGGGGAAAUAGGUGGUCAACAAUUGCAAGAAAUUUACCAGGACGAACUGACAACGAGAUAAAGAACUAUUGGAGGACUCAUUUCAAGAAAAAAGCAAAAAAAACCGCGGAUGCGGCCGAUAAGACAAAAAAGGUUUCCUUAAGGAAGCAGAACCAACAACAGAUAAAACAACAGCAACAGAUUCAACAGCAACAACAAAUACAAUAUAACUUUGACAUGAAAGGGAUCUUAGAGUUGCUUGAGGAAAAUGAGUAUAGUGUGCCUUCUACAUCUCAAGAGACACAAGAAAUGGUUACUAUGUGUCCAGAAACAACAGAACAACAUGGCUACUUCUACUCUAUGCUCAAUGGUAAUUGUAAUGUCUAUGCAGAUGAGUCUUCAAAUGAAGAAAUUUUGUGGGAUGGUCUUUGGAACUUGGAUGAUGUUCUUGGAAAUUCAAUGCAGCUAAUGCUACAAGCAAAGCCAACCAAUGUGCACAAUUUAGUUACUCCUUUUUGUUAAACCCUUAAUUAUGUUAAGAAUAGUACUAAUAAAAAGCUUAGAGUUUAAGACUAAUUGAUGCAUAAACUGUGGACUCAAGGUAGCAAGUGAUGUUAUGAAGGCUAGCUUUUUGUGACUGUCUCAACUUUGCUCUUUUGCUUUUAGAUUUUUCUUCAAUAACAAGUGUUGAAAACCUUCCUUUUACAUAAUCUUAACAAAGAAGGUGAAGAAGUUCCCAUUGGAAUGAUA